GGAGAGUACUAGAAACAUACAUUGAAGAUGAAAGUGAGAAUUAGUAAGGAGGAGGAGGUGGAGGAGGAGCAGCCGCUCAGCCCGAUGGCGAGUGUAUUCCUAUCUCCAGAGGUAGACUACUGCGGUGUCACCAUCAUGGGCUUCAAAACCAAGUUCUGUCCUGACGUCCUUCUUGAUGCCUUGAAGCAUAAUGUCUCCAAACAUCCUCGUUUUUCCUCCAAACUGAGUGAGGAUGGUGCAAAAUGGGUAGAGGUUCAAGUCAAUGUAGAAGACCAUGUAGUUGUACCAUUCAUAGACCCAAAAGAGAUAGGUGAAGAUGGACAAGGUUUCGUAGAUGACUACAUUUCACGUCUCACGACAAUUCCUCUUGAUAGAUCAAGACCCUUGUGGGACAUGCACAUCCUUAACGUAAAAACCCCAGAUGCUGAAUCAGUUGUUGUAACAAGAUCUCACCAUUCAUUGGGAGAUGGGAUGUCUAUGAUUUCUCUCAUCCUCGCAUGUACCCAUAAGACAUCAGACCCUGGGAAUACUGAUAUUCCUUCCUUGAAACGGCGUGAAACGGUGCCGCGUGGCCUUAGAAAACAAGGCUGGUUCUUAAGGUUGAUAUUCACCGUUGGUUCUACAAUGAGACUGCUUUGGAACACCUUUGUAGAUACGGUGCUUCUUUUUGCGACUAUAUUGUUUUUGAAGGAUACAAAGACACCUCUUAAAGGUGGCAAGGAUGUUGGGAGGAAUCCAACGAGAUUUUAUCGAAGAACUAUCUCUUUGGAUGACAUAAAACUUAUAAAGAACUCUAUGAAUAUGACUAUCAACGAUGUUCUACUUGGAGUUACACAAGCUGCUCUUUCUCGCUAUUUGAACCGACUUUAUGGCAAGAAUCAUGAGGUGGACAGAGCAUUGACAUGGAAUCAGAACCAUCUUCCACGUAAACUACGUUUCCGUGCAGGUUGUACAGUAAAUCUGAGGUCGGACAUCGGGUUCAAGCCUUUGGCAGAUAUGAUGGCUAAGGACUCAAAAUGCAGAUGGGGAAACUACUUCAGCUUUAUCAUCUUGCCCUUCUCCAUCAGUUUACAAACCGAUCCUUUGGUUUAUCUAAAAAUAUCCAAAUCCAUUAUGGCUCGAAAGAAGCAUUCUUAUCACGCUGCACUAGCGUAUUUUAUCAUCAAAAGUAUUCGAACAGUGUUUGGAGCUAAGGCAGCAUCAACUAUAUUCAACCGACCGGUGGUGAACUUAACAACAUGCGUUUCAAACGUCAUUGGUCCUAUGGAGGAAAUCAGUUUCCGUGGCCAUCCUAUCGCUUACAUUGCUCCAAGUAAUUAUGGACAAUCACAAGCGUUGUUGGUACAUUACAUGAGUUAUGCGGGGAAGAUGAUAAUCUCGUUAGCGGUUGAUCCUAGAAUCAUCCCGGAUCCUCACAAGAUAUGUGAUGACAUGGAAGAGUCACUCAAAGAGAUGAAAGCUGCUCUUUCUGAAAAAGGGUUGCUGUAAGGCUUGUCAUGAGUCAUUGGUAUCCGUAUAUAUGCCUGCAUACGUGUUCUUUGAUUAUGAUGUCAACUUCUUUUUUCGUACUAAGGUUUCAAUUUAAAGAAAAAACAAAAACUAUUAUGCCAGAGUUAAGAAAUGUUGAAAGAUUAAGUCC